AGUGCUGAUGCUUGGGAGGACGGAGGAUGCACUUCCCCAGAAGCUGACAGUAUGCAGCUGCGGCCUCUCAUUGGCACAGUCACAUCAUUUGAUGGAGAUGGUGGCCACAUUAACCAGACCACUUACUUCCCACGCUACAGUCUCUGGGAAGGUUACGAGCCAAUGAAAGGAGACUGGGUCCAAGCAAAAUAUUUUAUCAAUCCUACUCAGUGGACCACCCAGGCUCAUUCGGUGGCCCCUUUACGUUAUUGCCGCCUAGACCAGGUGUGUGUGACCAGCAUGUAUGGUAACAGUGGUGUGGUGGCAGACAGUGUGUUCUUCAGCCUGGACUCUCUGCUGCUGCCUGCCCACUACCGGCCUUUGCCAGGGCACCUGGUCAACCUGGUAAUGGUGGAGAGCAGUCAGUCCUUCUACAGUUGGAGGGCCCUGUGCAUGGCACCCUGCCUUCAAGGUAUGAAUUUUGCUGCUACACAUCUACCAGCGGCUGAUCUCCAGAACCUGCUUGAAAACAAAGGGGGAGUUGAUAUAACAGACUAUGGCCAGUUUGGGGAUGUGAUGAUUGGGGAAAGACGAGAGCUGGUGCUGUGGAUACAGAAUAGAGGUUCAGAGACUCACAGGCUGAAAUUCUGUGACUUUGCUAACUGGGACUCAGAAGAACAGUUCACCCUUGUUACUGUCAAAGGGUCUACAUCACUGAGACAGAAACAACAGCCUUUGCAAGUGUCAGUGUCUGAGUCUGCUCUUGAGCCUUCAGAAAAACAAGUCAGCGCUACAAAAGAGGUAGACAAAAAAAAUGGAAAAGUACUGAAGGACACUCUCCAUUCCCCUGGUCUGAGAAGAGAACACAUUGAGUUGGAUAUUCAACCAGGAGAGAGGCUAUCUAUAGUAGUUGGCUGUCAAGCAAAGAGCCUGGGAAGCUGUGCCGAGCUGCUGCUGCUGCACUUCUCCAGUUUCGUCAUUGGGAGGCGCCUGGAGGUCACAGUGGGUAGUGAAGAAGAGAACCUGCUGCAGCCAUCUGUUCCUUACAGUCCCAGUGAUGCCAGGCCGGUCUCAACAACGCCUGGUCAUGUGAUCACUGUCUCUGCUCCAAAAGAUGCACCUAGGCUUACUAAGCGGCGACUGCCAAGCUUCUUACCUACCUACCCAGUGCCUCAGGCCCUAAGAGACUGUGUACAGGCAAAUAAUGAUGUGCUGGUUGUGCAGCCAUGCCUAGGAGAGGUGCUGUCACAAUCCAACACACAUUUACGAUUUUCAGCCCUCCUAUGGUUGGAAGAGCUGCAUGUAGAGUGGGAACUGAAAGAAUUCACAAUCAAUGGGGCAAUUUUAAAAAAAGGAGCUGUCUACCUGCACCUAGAGGUCCUUGGCUUGGCUGAGGGUAGACCCAAUCUCAAUAUAGGUGACAGAAUAGUAUUGAAGAAACCACGGCGUGACGGUAUGGUAAUGGAGUACAUUAGUUAUGUCACAGAGAUAAAUGAUGAGAAUGUGAGUUUGAGAGUGAACUCAGAGUUUCAGCGUAGCUAUGUUGGAGAGCCACUUGAUGUUGAAUUCUCUUUCAACAGGUUGACCAUGAGGCGGUGUCACCACGGACUUGACCAGACGAAACAGUUUGGGGAGAAUGGUGGGCUACCAUCCAAACCCAUCCCCAGCCCUGGCCACUUCUUUAACCCCAACCUCAACCCCCCUCAGAGAGAGGCAGUGAAGAGGAUUUUGGCUGGAGAGAGCCGACCCACCCCUUAUGUUCUAUUUGGACCCCCAGGCACUGGAAAAACCAUCACUCUUAUAGAGGCUAUACUGCAGGUGUACCACUUUUUGCCCAGUAGUCGGGUACUUGUAUGCACUCCUUCCAACAGUGCUGCUGACCUCAUCUGCAUCCGUCUACAUCACAGCGGCUUCCUGCAUGCUGCAAGUUUGGCCCGUGUCAACGCAUCUUGUAGGCAGGAAGAGUUCAUUCCAGAAGUACUGAGACCGUAUUCGAGGGCUGGAGAGGACAUUCGUCAUGCCUCUUUUCACAGGAUUGUUGUCAGCACCUGCUCCAGCGCUGGCAUGUUCUAUAAUUUAGGACUACAAGUGGGACAUUUUACCCAUCUGUUCCUGGAUGAAGCAGGCCAGGCCACAGAGCCAGAGUCCCGGAUCCCCAUAAGCCUUGUGUCAGAGAGAGAUGGGCAGAUAGUGUUGGCCGGAGACCCCUGUCAAUUGGGUCCAGUAGUGAAGUCCAAGAUAGCCACUGCCUUUGGCUUGGGGGUGUCUUUGUUGGAGAGGCUUAUGGCCAACCCACUGUACUCCAGGCAUGAGUGGGGAUACAACCCUAAGCUGGUGACUAAGCUGAUCUACAACUACCGUUCACAUGAGGCCUUGCUUACACUGCCCUCCAAGCUCUUCUACCAGGGGGAACUGUGUUUUAAAGCCCCCAGGGCUGUAGUGGACUCCCUCUGCCAGUGGAAAAACCUGCCCAAAAGAGGCUUCCCCCUCCUUUUUCAUGGUGUCAGGGGCACAGAAAUGAGGGAAGGUAAAAACCCAUCAUGGUUCAACCCAGUGGAGGCUGUGCAGGUAAUGCUUUACUGCUGCCAGCUGGCCAAAAAGCUCUACAACCCUGUGGACGUCUCUGACAUCGGCAUCAUUGCCCCCUACAAAAAACAAAGUGAGAAGAUUCGUGUACUGCUGGGUAAGGUAGGCUUGUCUGACAUCAAAGUGGGGUCUGUGGAAGAGUUCCAAGGACAAGAAUUCCUGGUCAUCAUCAUCUCUACGGUGCGUUCUAAUGAAUUGGUACAGAGUGAUGAUUUGCAGAGUGUGAUUGGCUUUCUGGCUAACCCCAAACGCUUCAACGUUGCCGUCACCCGCCCUAAAGCCAUGUUAUUAAUUGUUGGAAACCCCCACAUUCUCAUCAGGGACCCAUGCUUCAGGGCUUUACUGCAGUACUGCUACAUCAACGGGGCAUAUGUGGGCUGCGACCCCCCUCCUUCCCUAAGAGACUCUCACGUGUACUUAGUCCCCUCUUACAGGGUGUACUCGUCUACCCACACUGGAACCAGCCUCCACUCAUCAGAUCAGGCUGUAAAAGUUGGCUACGCUGGGGCCGAUGGAGGACUUUGGCUGGCUGCAGGAGUGUAG